AAACGGAUUCCCCGCCCGGGCGGUCUACCUUUCUGCAGUGCUUCUUUCUGUCGUGGACAAGUCGCUUCAGCGAGGGAGAGUCGACUAGACAAAAAUUCCCAAAUGGCAGAUUUUGGGGAAUAUCCGCCAAAUAUGGCGCCUCAGGACGCGCUUGUUGUACGGCAACAAACAGAGCAAGAGCACACCGUCGUGCCAUAUACUGCCGACAACCUUUCCAAGCCCAACUUAGGCCCGGCUAAUCCCUUUAGAGAGGAUGCGAGCAAGCAGAAGCGGAAGAAUGUCUUGACGGGCCACGCGGAAGAGACGUUUCUAAGUGAGCACACUUUCCGAACCAAACAUCGCGCCGUCGAGAGGCGAGGAGGCCCGGAGAGAGAAUACCAGAGCAACGCCCAGGCGAGGACCGAGGCUGCGCGCAUACGAGCUGCUCGAGAGCGGAAAGGAAAUGCUGCAGUGGCGGAGGGCCCCGGUGCCUACGUCGGUCCCUGGGCCAAGUAUUCGACAGACAAGUUCGACGUGGUCGGAAGCGAUGAGGAACUGGCGAGCGAUGACGAAUACGAAGAAGUCGAGGAAGAAGAAGAGGAGGAGGAUGUCGUGGAGAGCGGGACGGUUGUUCUACCUCCGACAGCAUCGAUCGCUCGCCGAAAAGAGGUUGAGGAGCGAGGCGAAGAAACGACCAAAUUCCACGGCUCCGAACAGUACGACUAUCAGGGUAGGACGUACAUGCAUGUUCCCCAAGACCUCGAUGUCGAUUUACGCAAGGAUGUCGGCAGCGUCACCAAUUACAUCCCCAAGAAGCAAAUUCAUACGUGGAGGGGCCAUUCCGCAGCUGUCACGGCAUUGCGUUUCUUCCCGGCAUCUGGGCACCUGCUACUGUCAUCGGGCGCCGAUGCUACGAUCAAGAUAUGGGAUGUCUACCAUCAAAGGGAGCUGCUGCGAUCAUACUCCGGCCAUUCUAAGGCGGUUUCGGACAUUUGCUUCAACGCUUCUGGCACGCAGUUUCUUUCGUCCUCGUACGAUAGGAUGAUGAAGCUUUGGGACACGGAGACUGGCAAAUGCAUCAGCAAAUUCUCGACGGGCAAGACGCCCCAUGUCGUCAAAUUCAACCCGGACCCAGAGCACGCGAACGAGUUCCUAGCAGGUAUGUCGGACAAGAAGAUUGUACAAUUUGACACGCGCACUCCGAACGAAGUCGUCCAAGAGUACGAUCACCACCUCGCUGCCAUCAACACCAUCACUUUCGUUGAUGGGAAUCGCCGUUUCAUGACAACAUCCGAUGAUAAAUCGCUUCGCGCAUGGGACUAUAACAUUCCAGUACCCAUCAAAUAUAUUGCCGAGCCCGACAUGUACCCGAUGACAAACGCAGCGGCUCACCCGAGUGGCAAGUAUGUCGCCUAUCAGAGCUCGGACAAUCAGAUAUUGGUGUACGGCGCCAACGACAAAUUCCGCCAAAAUCGGAAGAAAAGCUACCGCGGUCACAACAAUGCUGGCCUGGCCAUUGACCUUGACUGCAGUCCAGACGGACAGUUUCUGGCAUCAGGGGACUCGGCGGGUUUCGUGUGCUUUUGGGACUGGAAGACUUGCAAGAUGUACCACAAGUUGAAGGCGGGCAACCAGGCCUUGACGUGCGUCAAGUGGCACCCCCAGGAGACUAGCAAGGUGGCCACCGCGGGACUGGACGGCGACAUUCGUUAUUGGGACUAAUAUUGUAAACUCGUCUUGACAAACUUGGUUGGCAUUGAUACAUGGCGUGGCGUUAAGGCAUAUCCGGCAUGAUUGAUUAGAAAAACGUUUGUCGGAGCGGAGACAGUCGUCGCGACUGUAAUACAGCUUGCGGUAGCAUGGCAAUCCUGGCUUUAUGCCCCCGUUUUCAUGUGUACAGACAGUCUUCUGUGCGAGUUGUUAACACGAAUAUGGAC